AUGGCGAAACAGCAAGUUGAGAGUUUAACCGACGAGGUAACUUGUCGGAUCUGCGAUAAUUUCUUCACCGACCCGAUGAUAUUGGAGUGUGGGCACAACUUCUGUCGCCACUGUAUCACCUGGCGUUGGGAAACCGAGGAGAGAAACUCCUGCCCGCAAUGUAAUACGGUUUUUGCAGACCGCACCCUCAGGGCGAAUCCGGCAUUGGGAAGCCUGGCUCAAAAGGCUGAAAGGUUAAAGCUGAUUCUGAAAGAGAAAGACAGAAAGUUUUACUGUGUGGAACAUCAUGAAGAACUGAAACUGUUUUGUGAAACUGACAAGAAGCUGAUCUGUGUGAUUUGUGCAUCUGCCCAAGAACACAGGACACAUAAUUAUAUGCCGAUUAAAGAAGCCGCGGAAAACUACAAGAAUCGCGUUACAGUUUUCUUGGAGUCGCUCGCAAACAGGAAAUCAGAUAUCCAGCAAAUGGCGGAACAACAGAAGGAGAAGAUUUCCGGGAUUCGGGUACAAUCGCAGAGCGUACAGGCCCACGUUAGAUCGUUGUUUGCGGACCUGCGGCAAAUGCUCUUCGAGAGGGAGCAGCGCCUGCUCCGAGAGCUCAGGGCAGACGAGCAGAGAAUUCUGAAUCCGAUGGAGCAAAAUCUCCGAGAUAUUGAAGAGAAUUUAUCUUCUCUUCAGCGGCAACUUACAAUGUUACAGGAAAGAAUAGAUCAACAAGAUAAUGCGGCAUUUCUGAAGGAAGAAAUUUCUCUGAAGAGAAGGUACAGCGAGGAAGAACGAGUGUUUUCAGUUAUGGCUGGUACUUUGCCGGUUAAACCAUUCGGCCACGCAAGUUUGAUCAAUGCAAUGUUGAGUGAAGCGUUUCAUUUCAUCAGACAAGUUUCUGUGACCCUGGACGUGGAAACAGCAAACCCGCGGCUUGAGGUGUCCGACGAUCUGAAAAGUGUGAAAUACGUCCCGUCUCCAAGAGCUCUGCAUUAUUCUGUGAAGAGAUUUGAAGACCAGGCAUGUGUGCUGGGAUUGAAGGGAUUCACAUCGGGAAGGCAUUAUUGGGAAGUGGAGGUAGCGACUAAUCGCCGCUGGUCUGUGGGUGUUGCUGCAGAGUCUGUUUCGAGGAAUGGAUUAGGCAGACUUAGACCAGAGUCCGGAGUCUGGAGCAUCGCACGGAAAGAUAGCAAGUUUCAUGUAAACAAUACCCUUUUAAUUCCUCUCCUUACCGAACCUUCCCUCAGGAAGGUGGGAGUUUAUCUCAGUUACGAGACGGGUACAGUUUCCUUUUACAACAUGGACACAAGGUCCCAUCUCCACACAUUCACUGGGAUUAAAUUCACGGGGAAAGUUUAUCCCUUCUUGCGGACAGUGGAUGGGAACUGGCUGAGAAUCUCUUCCGGUUCUGCUCCGCGUCUGUAAAGGGCUUAGGUCCCGGGAACGGUGUCAGCAGCAGGGGAUGGGUAGUAGAAUUUGCAAGGAUGUUGCCGGGACUUGAGAUACUAAGGUAUGGGGAAAGGUCAAAUAGAUUAUGUAUUCCCUAUCGUAAAAAAAUAAGCGGCGAUUUGACAAGGAUACUUUGUGUAAAAUUAUAUAGUGUGGAACUAGGUUACAGGUCAUGGGUUAAGUGUGAAAUGUGAAUUUUUUAAGGGGAACUUCUUCCCUUAGAGGUUGGUAAGAGUGUUGAACGAGCUGCCGGCGGAAGUGGUGGAUAAGGGGUUAAUUUUAACGUUUGGAUAGCUACACGGAUGGGAGGUAUACCGAGGGCUUUGGUGCAGGUUCAGGUCGAUGAGACUAGCAGGAUAAUAGUUCGACACGGCGAUGGGCCAUGUUUCUGUGCUAUAGUGUUCUAUUACUCUGUGAACCACAUUUUAUAAUUUUGUGCUCUGAUACCAUUUUGCAAAACCAUGAAUGAGCUUCGAAAUAAAAAAAAACAGCGGAAAGAAAAGUUUUAAAAAUGUAAAUAAAUCUGCGGGGGUAAUCGGUUGAGUGGGUGCAGCUACAUGAACUGGGUCGGUGUGUACCCGAAUUUAAAAUAGCUUGGAAAUAAUUGUUUGAAAGUUUAAUCACGGUGCUGAUUUGUCAUAUAUGCCUGGAUUUCUUCACUGCUCCAGUCAUGAUGAAGUGUGGGGACAACUUCGCUCGCUACUGCAUCUCACAGCGCUGUGGAAAAGAGGAGAGAAUUUCCUGAUCGGAAUGUAGAGCAGAGAUUUCUGACCACAUACCUCAAGACCUCUAGCCCAGAAUGCUCCAGAAUUCAACCUGAUUCAACCUGGUGGACGUGAGUAAACGUAACAACGAUGAACACCGGGAUGAUUUGGAGCUGUUCUGAGGAACUGAUGAGAAACUGAACUGCGUGAGUUCUGUGAUUAUGCGGGAGCACAGAACACUGGUUAGUUCGGAUUGAGGAAGCUGUUGAAAUCCACAAGAUAAAAGCCAGCAGAUACCGAUCACCUCAAUAUAUUUUUAUAGUUCGUAGUCUAAUUCUUAAAUCGAUUCCGAGAAUCAGGUUGGGUUAUCCUUGGAAACUCUCACAAACAGAUUGCUCGCCAUCAAAUAUAUCGACCCACGGCAGAUACGGAAGAGUUUUGAAGUUCAAGUGCAUUUUCCGACUUUCAGGUCCCUUGCACUGCUCGGUUUCCUUAACCAUCAAUAAUAACUUCAAAUGCAAUUUUAUUGUUGCCAUAUACAUGCAGUGGCCAUUUUAUGAGGUACCUCCUGUAAAGUAGACACCGAGUGUUCGCUCAAGGAAUCUUACUCCAGUAGCCCAUCCACUUCAAUGUUCGACGUGUUCUGCGUUCAGUUAUGCUAUUGUGCACGUCACUGUUGUAACGCGUCGAAAAUUGAGAUCAGGUUGCCUUCCUAACAGCGUAAACCAAUCUGGCCAUUGUCCUCCGGCGUGACACAAAAUGUUGAAGGAAUUCAGUACGUUAAGCAGUAUCUAUCAAACAGAAUAAACAGUCGGGUCUUUUCGCUUUUCCUUUGGUGCUUUCUGACCUGCUGAGUUCCUCCAUCAUUUUCCGUGUGUUGCUUCGAAUUCUAGCAUCUGCAGAUUUUCUUGUUUGUUUUCUCCUUUGGCCUCCCUCAUUAAUAAAGUGUUUUCGU